AUGACGAAGUACAACAUGACUCCACGAUACAUUAUUUCUGCCUUGAAAGACAAAGAUCUAGGAAACCUCAUCAGUGUUACCCAAGUGUAUAAAGUUAGAGAUACAUACAAUGCUAGCAAGAGAGGUUCAUUGAAGGAAAUGAAAAUGUUGUUGAGUCUUAUUUAUAGAGAGAAAUAUAUGUAUUGGACAAGAAAUAAGGAAGACUCAAAUGUUAUUGCUGAUAUCUUUUGGGCACAUCCAGACUCAGUGAAGUUGUUGAAUAUGUUUCAUUUGGUAUUGACUUUUUAUUGUACAUACAAGACAAAUAGGUAUCGACUACCACUACUUGAGAUUGUUGGUAUUACGUCAACAAAUUUGAUGUUUUUGGCAGGCUUUGCCUAUUUGGAGCAUGCAAGGGAUGAAAACUACAAAUGGGAACUGGAAAAGCUCAAAGAGUUGUUCUCUUAA